AUGUCGUUUUGGGAUAAACUUACUGGUCGAAAGUCCACCAAACCAGACACCUCUACCUCCGCCCCUACCUCAAAUCCCACCGCGGACUCCUUUCAGCCAACACCAUUCGAUCCCCAAGAAGCACAGGAUGUCUCUUCUUUCUUAACAGGCCCUUCACUGGCAGACCCUUCACAAUUGCACCCACUCGCGGGGCUAAACCAGCAAACCUUGGACUAUUUAUCACUGGAGGAUUCGGCGUUGUCAGAUCUGCCAGGUUCACAAUCGGCAUUGCCAUCGCGAGGCUGGUCCGAUGAUCUUUGCUAUGGCACAGGAGUAACAUACUUAACGGCGCUGACCGUGGGUGGUGCUUGGGGAUUACAGGAAGGGUUAAGAAGGUCCCACGCGCAACCUCCGAAACUCCGUCUCAAUUCAGUUCUUAAUGCUGUAACACGGCGAGGGCCAUUUUUGGGCAAUUCAGCGGGUGUCAUUGCCAUGGUGUAUAAUGGUUUCAACUCAUUUAUCGGAUAUACGAGGGGGAAGCACGAUUCUGCGAACAGUAUCGUGGCGGGCGCUUUGAGUGGAAUGCUCUUCAAGAGCACAAGGGGUAUCCGGCCGAUGAUGAUUUCUGGGGGUAUUGUAGCAUCAGUCGCAGGCGCAUGGGCAGUUACGAGGAAGGCCAUCUUCUAA